GAAGUGGUGUUCGAAAAAUUGUUCGGAAGCUCAAUUUUUGCCAGACUCUUAGCCUCUGCGCUAAGCCCCACUUACCCAAGCGCACACACUAGUUUGUCCAGGAUCCACUUUUGACGCUAGCCUCCAUGGGCGACGGUUGUGAACACACAUGCGAUACUACUGUUCCAUAUCGCUUUUGUCGCUGUCGCUUCAACGACAUCUAUGAGCAAUGUCACUGCUCGAAAAACUGGCGAUUCAUAUGCUAUAUGGAACACAAGCCAUUGUGCUGGGAAGUUCGGGACUUACUGUAAUCUCCAAUUGUCUUCUUCCCUUGCAUUCCAGCUCGAUUUCUCUCCGAGACUUGGUGAUGAAAGAGUAGUACCAUCAAGCAAACACAUCGGUGCAAUAAGCUUAAUCCUUCCAGGCAGCGUAUUCUUUCAAGUCUGAAAGAAACUAGUA